AUGUGCGGUAUCUUCGGCUACAUCAACUACUUGGUCGAGAAGGACCGCAAAUACAUUAUCGAGACACUCGUCAAUGGACUCUCGCGCUUGGAAUACAGAGGAUACGACUCGGCAGGUCUUGCUGUUGAUGGAGACAAAAAAAAUGAGGUCCUUGCGUUCAAGGAGGUUGGCAAGGUUGCCAGGCUUAAGCAGCUUAUCGCUGAGAGCGAGCCAGACAUGAACAAGGUCUUCGACUCCCACGCCGGCAUUGCACACACGCGGUGGGCUACACAUGGCCAGCCAUCACGAAUCAACUGUCAUCCCCAUCGAUCAGAUCCGAGCUGGCAAUUCUCCGUCGUCCACAAUGGUAUUAUCACCAACUACAAGGAAUUGAGAGUGCUUCUUGAGGGCAAGGGGUUCAAGUUCGAAACCGAAACCGACACCGAGUGUAUUGCCAAACUCGCAAAGUAUCUAUACGAUGCGCACCCAGACAUCGAGUUUCUCGUGCUCGCCAAAGCUGUCAUCAAGGAAUUGCAAGGAGCCUUUGGUCUUCUCCUCAAAUCGGUGCACUACCCACACGAGGUUAUCGCGGCUCGCAAGGGCUCACCACUUGUUGUGGGCGUGAGGACACAGAAGAAGAUGAAAGUUGAUUUCGUCGAUGUGGAAUACGCUGAAGACGGCCCUCUGCCUGCUGAGCGAGCUUCUCAGAAUGUUGCAAUUAAAAAGGCUUCGGCCAGUCUCCUCGCACCCCCGGACAAAUCGCUCCUUCAUCGCUCACAGUCCCGCGCCUUCUUGUCUGAGGAUGGACAACCACUUCCCACCGAGUUCUUCUUAUCCUCGGACCCCUCGGCGAUUGUCGAGCAUACUAAGAAAGUGCUGUACCUUGAAGACGACGAUAUCGCUCACAUUCACGAAGGCUCCCUCAAUAUCCACCGUCUUAGCAAGGACGAUGGGACAUCCAAUGUACGAGCCAUUCAGACUCUCGAGCUGGAACUCCAAGAAAUCAUGAAAGGGAAAUUCGACCACUUCAUGCAGAAAGAGAUUUUCGAGCAGCCCGAGUCCGUCAUCAACACAAUGCGUGGACGCUUAGAUGUUGCCAACAAGAAGGUCACAUUGGGUGGCUUGAAGCAGUACAUUAGCACCAUUCGCCGCUGCCGCCGCUUGAUCUUCAUUGCUUGCGGUACUAGCUUCCAUUCUUGUAUGGCCGUUCGUGGGGCUUUUGAGGAAUUGACAGAGAUCCCCAUCUCUGUCGAGCUUGCAUCGGAUUUCUUGGACCGACAAGCCCCUGUAUUCCGCGACGACACUUGCGUUUUCGUGUCUCAGUCGGGAGAGACAGCGGAUUCCCUCAUGGCUUUGAAGUACUGCCUUGAGCGAGGGGCCCUGACCGUAGGCGUUGUCAACGUGGUUGGCUCGUCGAUCUCGCUCCUUACUCACUGCGGUGUGCAUAUCAACGCCGGCCCUGAGAUUGGUGUUGCCUCGACCAAGGCGUAUACCUCACAAUUCGUCGCCAUGAUGAUGUUUGCGCUCUCUCUCAGCGAAGACCGUUCGUCAAAGCAGAAGAGGCGCGAGGAUAUCAUGAAUGGUUUGGCUCAUGUUUCCGAGCAGUUCAAGCAGAUCUUGAAGCUUAAUGACCCUAUCAAGGCCAUGUGUGCCAAAUUCCUCAAGCACCAAAAGAGCUUGUUACUCUUGGGCCGUGGUAGUCAGUUCUCGACCGCGCUGGAAGGUGCUUUGAAGAUUAAGGAAAUCUCCUACCUUCACUGUGAGGCAGUCAUGUCUGGAGAGUUGAAGCACGGUGUGCUAGCCCUAGUUGAUGAGAAUCUGCCCAUUAUCAUGAUUCUCACUCGCGAUGACAUCUUUGCCAAAUCGCUCAACGCUUACCAGCAAGUCAUUGCCCGUGGUGGUCGACCAAUUGUCAUUUGCAAUCCCAAUGACUCCGAAUUUCCAUCUGAGCAGACGGAGAAAAUUGAGAUUCCCAAGACCGUUGACUGUCUCCAAGGUUUACUCAACGUCAUCCCUCUCCAGCUUAUCGCAUACUGGCUCGCCGUGGGUGAAGGCCUCAACGUUGAUUUCCCUCGGAAUUUGGCCAAAUCUGUUACUGUGGAGUAG